AUGGCGGAAAGUUUAAAAUCUCUCUCUUGUUUUCAGGUCAUCCCCAGUCUCCAAUACUCAUGCUUCAGGACUAACCUGAGCUACAUACCAACCAGUAUCCCUCCCUCCACACAACAUUUGGACUUCAGUUUUAAUUACCUCACAACAUUGCAGAGACACAUGUUCCUGAGAUUACCAUUUUUACAACAUCUUGAUCUUACAAGAUGUCACACACAAAACAUUGACAACGAGGCCUUCUUUAAUAUAAGGAAUUUGUCUGUUUUGAUUCUCACUGGAAAUCCGGUUAAAUAUUUUGGAGGAAACAGCAUUAAUAUUUUGGAAACAAUACACAAACUUGUUCUAGCAGACAUUGGUUUGCUUUCCUUGGAGAAUCUUAAUUUAGUGAAUUUGACGAGCAUAAAGGAAUUAAAAGUUGGAACAAACAGAUUAUUUUCUUUGGCCCUUCCAAUGUAUGCUGUUAGUUUCAAGGACAUCACUUUACUGGAUCUUCAUGAAAAUAACAUAUCUGUCAUCAGAGCUGUUCACACGUCUGUCUUGCGUCAGAUGAGUAGCAAUUUAACUUUAAUAUUGUCCGGAAACCCAAUAUCCUUCAUAGAAACUGGGGCAUUUCAGGGCCUUUAUCUGGGAGAGAUCAAUCUAUUUGACACAAUCUGGUCCACAACUGCAAGAGAUGUUUUUGGAGGUCUUAGUGGUUUAAAUGUGAAGAAGUUGAAAAUAGGACAUUCCGUGGCAAUGGGAAAUAUCCCAAUGAAUUCAGAUUUCCUAGCCAGACUUUGUUUCAUAAACUUCCAAGAGAUAUAUUUUUGGCAAUUAUACUUUUUUGAACUACCAAGUCAUAUCCUCCUUUGCAUGAUUAAUUCUACAAAAAUCUCUCUGAGACAUGUUGGAAUAAAUACCUGGGAAUAUUCUCAUUUUCCAAACCUCAAAGAGAUUGUUGUGGUUGAAGCUAAUAUGGUCUCACUACCGAAUCUGCUACUGUCUCAUCAACACAACUUAAAGAAACUGGUCAUCAAUGGCAAUCAAUAUUCAUCAAUAUUUAAAAGCUUUGCUGAUUUGCCUAGACUGGAAUACAUUGAUCUGAGUAAUAAUAAGUUGAUAAUGUCUUGCUGUAAUGGAGAAUUUAUUGGUAUACCUAAACUCCGGUAUCUAAAUCUGAGUGAAAAUGCAAGCGUAAGAAUUAGAACCCUUGGACUUUUCAAUUAUUCGUCUCUAGAAAUAUUGGAUUUUCAUGGGACAAAGGUUGAAGUUGCAGAUAAUUUGAUUUUUAUGCAAAACCUUAGGAAUUUAAAAACCUUUGACCUUUCCUACACACAAUUUACCUUUGACAGUAAUGGCAUAUUUCAUGGCCUGAGCAGUCUGAAAGAAUUGAAAAUGGCUGGCAACAACAUUGAAAAAGACGUUUUUAGCUAUUUAUUUUCAAAUCUCUCAACUUUGGAAGUACUAGAUAUAUCAAAUUGUGGCAUUAAAUACAUACCCUGCACUUCUUUCCAAGAUUUACAUAAUUUGGAACACCUAACCCUAAGUGGAAACAAACUGACCACAGUGGACUUUCUCACCUGUCCCAGUCUGUCAAAACUAACCUCCAUUUAUGUAGACAACAACCACAUAGCCGCCAUCUCUCCAAACGUUCUUAAGAAUCUCCCUGCAGAUCUUUCAGUAUUUGAUUUGUCCUUCAAUCCCAUAGAAUGUUCUUGUUCUCAGACUGAAUUUAUUUCCUGGAUCAUUAAUCAUCAGUCAGUUCUAAAAGAUCCUCAACUGAUAUCAUGCAAAUCCUCAUUCAUGAACUCCAGGGUGAUUAACUUUGACCCCACACACUGUGUUCACAUAAAGAGAGUGACAUUAGCCAUGUCCAUAUUAGCAGCUGUGAUUGCAUUCCUAUUGGCCGCAUUGCUGUAUAGGUACCAGUUCUAUAUCCAUUACUGCUUCAUAUUGCUACGAGGCAACAAAAUGUCUAGACAAGAACAUUUUUCUUAUGAUGCCUUUGUGAUCUACUCAAGCAAGGAUGAAACCUGGGUGUUGGAAGAGCUUGUGGAGAACCUUGAGAAAGGAAAGUCGCUCACCUCCAAUAUAAUGGAUGAAGGCAUCACAGGCAGCCGGAAAGCCAUUGUGGUGGUGUCUCAGCACUUCCUAGACAGUACAUUGUGUCAGUUUGAGUUUGAACUUGCACAAUCCUGGCUUGUCUUGAGGCGAAAUGCCAGUAUCAUCAUCAUCAUUCUGGAAAAUGUGGAAGAUAAGAAAAUAAGGAGACUGUUUGGACUUCAUAGGUAUCUGAAAAAGAACACCUACCUCAAGUGGAAGGGGAACGUGCUAAGCAAUGUGCUGUUUUGGGCUCGUCUCAGAAAAGCCAUUAUUGCUGAGAACUGA